AUGGCUACGGGUAAACCUAUUUCAUCAAUGGAUGGUGAAAGACUCACUAAUCCUAUAGUGUUCAGAAGUUUGCUUGGGGCACUACAAUACCUAUGUCAUACACGACCGGACAUAGCAUAUGCAGUGAAUAAACUAAGCCAAUUUAUUCAAGAGCCAACAACCAAGCACUGGAGAGGAGCAAAAAGGGUCCUAAGGUAUCUAAAAGGUACCAUCACUCAUGGAAUUCACAUCGGUCUGAAUGACAGAUUGAGUAUAGUUGGGGACUCUGAUGCGGACUGGGCUUGUUGUCCAGAUGAUAGAAAAUCAGUGGCAGGGUAUUGUGUGUUCCUAGGAGAUGCUCUUGUGUCGUGGUCAUCUAAGAAGCAAGCAGUGGUAUCACGGUCCAAUACAGAGUCUGAGUAUAGGGCUCUUGCACAAGUAGCAGCUGAGAUAUCAUGGAUUGAAUCAUUGCUCAAAGAACUGAAGUUCCCACUAUCAUCAAAAUCUAUGACCUAG